UCCUUCCAAUGCAGUUAGUUAAUUUUUGUUAUGCUUCUCAGGCACUUGUAAGUUAGUCCACGAAUUUGAGUGAUAAUGACUUUGAUACACUUGUAUCUGAUGAGACAUAUGUUGAUGGGGAUGCGGGAACUACUACUAGUUAUGUUGGUGAUGAGCAAGAUAUGGGAGAUGUACGAGAUGCUAUUGCGCAAGCAUUGGCUGGAGGAUAUUGAUAAUGUAAUUUGCGCAAAAAAAUGAUGAUUUCAGCCCAUUCAAUAAGCAGUCUGCCAAACAUUUAACUUCUGUGACCAGCUGCUUCUUUAACAAGCUGCUUCUCAGGCCAGCUAGCCACCAGCUGGCUUCAGAAAUAGAGGUGUGACCAACACAAGUAUACCAGCUGACUAGGCAACACAGGAAAACAUUCUCAGUGCAGAUACUGACAUAUGGCAUCAAGACGUAACGUUCGUUACACACCUCUUCCUGUAGAGGGUGGGGAGUACAACAAUCUUACUAAAGAAGAUGUUGAUCUUCGGUUCGCUUACACUCCAAAAUCCUACAGGAGGAUCCCCUGGAAGUCAAUUGCACUGGCAUUGUUCCUCCUCCUCCUAGGAACUUCACUUCUCUUCCUUUCAUACUUCAUAUUCACAGGUCACAUGGAGGGUGAUAGUUCUCAGGCAUAUGGUCUCUUGUUCCUGGGCUUCCUUGCCUUCCUUCCUGGCUUUUACGAAACUCGAGUUGCUUACUAUUCGUGGCGAGGAGCACCAGGGUACACCUUUGCAUCCAUACCGGAUUAUUAGCGCCUCAGUUCCUGCCGCCGUCGGUGCAGUAAAGUGGCAAGCGAGCAGCCUGGAACUUCAACUGGGAACCAAUUUUAGCGAUAAACAUUUAGCAUGUAGAUGUAGUGACUCUGCUCAUUGUUGUGUUCUAAAAUAGGAUUGUAUUACUGCAUCGGCCAGUGAAAGAAUAAUCCUUAUUCUAUUGUAAAGGACGAAAGCUGAUUUCGCACUUGAUAUUUUCUAUGUCCAUUGCUGCUGCACAGCUACCUCAGGAAUA